CCUUCCCGCGCUGCGCGGCCCCUCAGCGCCGCCCGCCAUGUUCGCGGAGCUGAACGAGCUGCUCGGGGCCUCCCCGGAGAGCCCGGACGCGGGUAAAUUCACACUGCUGCGAGACACCCGGACGGAUGGCAGCUUCCUGGUGCACCACUUCCUCUCCUUCUACCUCAGAGCUGGCUGCAAGGUUUGCUUUGUGGCCCUGCUCCAGUCCUUCAGCCACUACAACAUCGUGGCGCAGAAACUGGGUGUCAGUCUGGCAGCUGCCAAGGAGCGGGGACAGCUCGUCUUCCUGGAGGGCCUCAAGUCCUGCCUUGACCUCCUGUUUGGGGAGGAGGAGCAGCCAGGACAGCCCAGUCCUCUGCAGUUUCUGAGCGGGAGCGCCUCUGACCUCCGAGCCUUGUUUGACUUCGUGCGCGUGUCCCUGACUCCCGCCGGCCGUGAUUCCUGGAAGGGCCCCGUGCUGCUGGUGGAUGACCUCAGUGUCCUGCUGAGCCUGGGGGCUGCGCCGGUGGCCGUGCUGGACUUCAUCCACUACUGCCGCGCCUCCGUGUGCUACCAGCUGAAGGGGAACGUCGUGGUGCUGGUUCACAGCAAUGAGGAUUCGGAAGAUGAGGAGAAUGAACUGGUUGUGAACUCCCUGCGUCAUCACAGCGACCUCAUCCUGUGGGCAGAGGGGCUGGCCACCGGCUUCUGCAAGGAUGUUCAUGGGCAGAUUAAGAUAAUCAAGAGGUUGUCCUUGCGGCAGGCGGCAAAGCAGGAUCUGGUCCAGAUCUACCAGUACAAGAUCCAGGACAGGAACGUCACCUUCUUCGCUCCGGGACUGUCGGCUGCAGUCCUGUGACACUGUGACAGUGCACAGCCUGGGCAUGCCAGUCCCUGCCCCUGCAAGGGCACCGCCAGCACCUUCCAGGAGCAGCGCAGCGCCCCGGCCCGGGAGGGGAGCUCCGACACACCUGGGAGCGGUGCCAGCAUGGGAUCAGCCUGCCUGGAGCCUGCUGCAUCCCUUUGUCCUCCCACCCCGUUCCCAAGGCACUCAGGCCAAGAAAGGGAGCAGGAGCUUGCGAGAGUGGCCCUCAGAGCCUGUAAAUACAGGCAGGGGGUGCCCUGCGGGCCGGGCGUGCCCGGCCUCACCUUUUCCGGCAUGCCGGGCACGGUGUGGCGGUGCCAGGCACGGCACAGGGAGCACCUCCUCCCUCCCGCUGGCACGGGAGGAGAUGACACACAGGGGUGGGGCAGGGAUGGUCUGCCAGCCUGGCGCAAUCCUCCUUGCUCCCAGCUCUGCCUGGCAGAGUUUGCCCAACUCCGGUGUCCGUGCAGCUGCGCGUACAGCCUGGCUGUGCUGAGACCUGCGCGCCGCCGCGGCGCGUUCCCUGCGGCUUCCCGAGCUCAUCCUGGGCUUUGUGCUUGGAUAAACCCCUCUGUGAGCCGCUGCUUCCUCGUCCCAAACCCUGACGAGCAGGUACAGGACCUGCCCGUGCUGAAGCAUUUUUUUUAAUAAUAAUCCAUAAUUUUAGUGAGAUAAGGGUACAGUGAUUAAGUAACCGCAGAACUCUGGGUGGGAACUGCUCCUCACCUGCUCCUUGGCAGGGAGCAGGGAUUUCCCAAGCCUGGGUGAGGAGAGGGCCCAUGGCCACAGGGAGCAGAGCUCAGGCCUGGGGGUCUCCUGGUGGAUGCUCCUGCUGGGAUAUCCCAUCUCUCCUGGAAGAUAAAACCAUCUCACACCCUUGUAAGAGUCCAGAGCAAGCUGCCAGGUUCUUGCAGCUCCAGAGCUGGGAUAGCAGCUCUGGCAGUGGGACACACUCCUGAUUUUCAGGUAGACUUGGUGAGCCAUCCCAUGCCGCUUUGGGAAUGUGCCCUUUGCCGUAGAGUUUUGGGGGCCCUGGCGCGCUCAGGGCUGUGGCUGCUGCAGUGGCAGCCCAGGGAAGCCAGGCAGGCUCCAGGGGUUGUGGCAAGGCCACAGGGAGGGAGGGGAGUCAGGCCACGUGUGUGCCAUGGAUCACUCGUCCCUGGUGUCACCUGGGUCUCACGGUGCUCUGCUGUGGAAGUGGCGGUGCCCAGUACCACUGCUGCUGUCCCAGUGUGGUGGCGGCACCCAGGGGUCGAUGCACUGUCACGCUGCAGAGGGAGGAGGAGAGCACUGCUAACUGCUGGCACUGCAGCUGUGACGGGCAUGGAAAGGUGUAUAACGGGAGUAAUGUCUGUGUCAUUGUCCGUGGAGAGAUCCCAAAGCCUGGCUCCAGGCUCUGCCUCCCUCUUCAGAAACCAGCAGGGUCACUGUGUGACAUCACUGUGCCAUCCUCACCGAGUGCCAUCCUCACCGUGUGACAUCA